CUUUUUCUUCUCUAAAUUGAUCAUACCACCCAGUUGGCCUCGUUCGUUUAUUCGUAAACUUCAACAACUUACCAUCCGCGCGCAAAAACGAUACGCAACUUUUAGUCGGCCAAAACCAGCCCAAAAUAAAUCAGGCAGACACAAUGGAUAUCUCUCAGGAGAAAUAUGUGGUGGCAAGCGGGCCCGAAUACCCUCACAACACCGAGCCUCAGUAUCAGUACCACCCACAGCAGCCAAUGCAAGGCCAACCGCCUGUACAAUCGCCUCCCAUACAAGAACACUACAAGAGUCCAGAAUCGCAACCGCAACAACAACAAGCAUAUCCGCCUCAACAACAGCACCCCUACCCUCACCAACACCAACCACUAGACCGGUCGGCGUUUGGCCAGCAAGGCGGUAAAUGGCAGGCGAGUCUCUGCGACUGCUCGCCAUGCACAAGCUGCCUGCUAUCAUGGUGUUUCCCAUGUCUCCUCCUCGGACAGACCUCCGAGCGAAUCCGGGACCCAUCGAUGCAGACCGCGGACAUGAUGAACAGCGACUGCAUGAUCCACGGGCUGAUAAACUGCUUUACCGGCUGCGGAUGGAUCUACGCAAUGCUCAAGCGCUCCGAGAUCCGCGAGCGCUACCAGAUCGAGGGCAGCGGCUUCGACGACUGCUGCGUGUCGUACUGGUGCCCGUGCUGCGCGCUCACGCAGCAGGACAACGAGGUCGUCAUCCGCCAGCGCAACGCCGCGCCCCCCGCCCCCCAGGGAUACCAGCCGCAGCCGGGCAUGCAGGUUCCCCCAAUGCCCGCGCCGCAGCCGGCGUAUCAGCAGAAUCAGCAGCAGCAAACGCCGCAGUAAUUUUUUUAUUUUUUGGG